AUGGCGGCUGUUCAAUUGGCUUCAAUGCCUCAAUUGGCUGAAGCGCGAAGCGAGGAUGACGACUGGACCGGUCUGAAAGACAAAUCGGAGAGGCGGAAAAGGCAAACUCGGCUCGCUUUACGAGCGCUUCGCAAGCGCAAAGCUGCGCAACGUGCGGCAAAACUUGAAAGUGGCUCUGGGAAUACCACGCUAGAAACCAGAUACGAUAAAGGCUUGGAGCAGAAAUCUGACUUUGGUUUCGGGUCCAACAUCGUUAUUCCUUCUUAUGUGACCAAUAGUGGACGCCUUGUCCCUGAGCGAUAUCUAUAUCCGAUUUCGCGGGACCAUCUACUACCGCUUCUCGAGUACAACGUCUACCGAGCAAGUAUCACCAAUCUCCUCAUAGUGGGCCACUUACAUCUCAUCCAUGAAACUUGCGGAUUCCGCGGUUCCAUUAUCAUCUUUCCGAAUCCUUACCAAGGGGUCAGCGUCCCGCCAACUCUAAGGCGAACCGCUCUUCAACAAUCUGUCCCAUAUCCGGAAUGGAUUGACCUCAUCCCAUCUCCUCAGAUGCGGGACAAUGCUAUUAAAACACAGCAUUUGUUUACUAAUAAGGAGCUUGCUGCUGAUCUUCUGACCGGAAUAAUGGGCCAAGAAGAUAGAAAGGACGCCGGAAUUCUAGUAUGGUCAGACCCGUGGGACCCGAGUAGCUGGGAACUUACCGAAGGAUUUGUCAAGAAAUGGGGCUUUUUAGUUCAAGGUUGUGACGAUUUGGUUCUAUCGACCAACUAUUGGAGAAAGAUCCGAGGAGAGAGACCAUUGGUUUUGACGUUAUAA